CACCAUCCCUGAAUUCACUUCUUUCCUUCCUUCAUUUUCCUCCGGCGCAUUUGGUUGUGCAUUGGUCUGGACAACGGCGGAGUUUGUUGGAAGUUCACAUAGUGAGAUUUUUCCCCCCAUAAAUUUAUGUGUUCUAUUUUAUUAUUUAUAUGACUAAUUUUUUUUUUAUACCUUCUUUCUUUUGUUUAAAACGUAACGAUUGAAUCACCACAAAAUAAUCGUAACGCUAAUUUUUCUCGUAUAGUUUCACAUCUCUUGUGGCCGUUAUUAUUAUGUCUGUUACAAUUUCUUUUGAGAAGAAGAAAAAAAAUGUAAUAAUAGUAUUAUAUUGCAUCCAUGAGUACGUGACAACCGACAUCUCACACUAAUUUUCAUGAAGUUUUACAACUACCCCUAAAUUCAUUUUAAUUUGGUUUUGAAUGGAAAAUGUGCUCUUAAUAAUGUGCUUUAAAAAUUAAUUGAAUCUCUCUUCUUCCUGCCUAUAAAAAGGAAAUGUAUAUUCUCUUUGCCUUAACUCAUCGUCACAUCCCUAAAUUCACUUCUUUGCCUCUUUCAUUUUCCUCCCUGCGCGCCUAUUUGGUUGUGCUUUGCUUUGUUUUGGGUACCGACGUAGUUUGCCGCAAGUGAAAAUAGUAAGAUUUAACGUUCUUAAACGUUCUAUUUAUCAUUUAUAUUACUACUAUCUUUAUACUUUUUUUUUUAAAAACGAAACGAUUGAAUCACGAUUUUAAUACAAUAUAAUCGUAUCGCUAAUUUUAAUACAAUAUUAUUAUAUUGCAUCUAACGAGUUACGUGAUGUACGUACAUCUGACAAUAAUUUCCCAUGCCAGCCGCCGCUAGCCAUUCUUUCUCGCGCCAAUGGGCAGCAUUAGCAACGACUUCGAGUUCGUCGCCGACAAGGCAAUGACACCCCUGCUGACGACGACGACGACCAACCCGAUGAACUCCGACGAGUUCCGCCGUCAAGGCCACAUGCUGAUCGACUUCAUCGCCGACUACCACAGCAACAUCGAGCAGUACCCGGUUCUGAGCCGGGUCAAACCCGGUUACCUCCGUCAGCUCCUCCCGCCGUCCGCUCCAUAUGAAGCCGAACCCAUCGAAGAAAUCAUGAAAGACAUCCAAAGUCACAUCAUCCCCGGGAUCACGCACUGGCAGCACCCUUCCUACUUCGCCUACUUCCCCUGCAGCUCCAGCACCGCCGGGAUCCUCGGCGAGCUCCUCGCCGCCGGGUUCGGCGUCGUAGGGUUCAACUGGGAGGCGUCUCCGGCCGCCACCGAGCUCGAGACCAUCGUGAUGGACUGGUUCGGGGAGAUGCUCAGCCUUCCCAAGCCCUAUCUCUUCUCCGGCGACGGCGGAGGGGUCAUCAUGGGGACCACCUGUGAAGCCUUCAUCGUCAUGCUCGUCGCCGCCAGGGACCAGAAGCUGGCGGAAAUAGGGAAGGACAAGAUCGGGAAGCUGGUCGUUUACUGCUCGGAUCAGACUCAUUGUGCUCUUCAAAAGGCCGCCAAGGUCGUCGGGAUCCGGCCCGGGAACGUCCGGGCCGUCGCGACGACGAGGGCCGCGUCGUUCGCGCUGUCCCCGGACUCCCUGGAGUCGGCCGUCCUGGCCGACGUGGAGAUGGGGUGGGUCCCGCUGUUCCUCUGCGCGACGAUCGGGACCACCUCCACCACUGCUGUGGACCCGCUCCAGCCGCUCUGCCAGGUGGCAAAGCAGCACGGUAUGUGGGUCCACGUGGACGCUGCCUACGGAGGCAGCGCCUGCAUCUGCCCGGAGUUCCGCCACGUCAUCGACGGGGUCGAGGGGGCGGACUCGUUCAGCCUGAACGCGCACAAGUGGUUCUUCACCACGCUGGACUGCUGCUGCCUGUGGGUGAAGAACCCGGACGCGCUCAAGAGAUCCCUCUCCACCAACCCGGAGUACCUCAGGAACCAGGCCUCCGACUCGGGGGGCGUGAUAGACUACAAGGACUGGCAGCUCACCCUGAGCCGGAGGUUCCGGUCCCUGAAGCUCUGGAUGGUGCUCCGCAGCUACGGGGUGGCCAACCUGAGGAGCUUCCUCAGGGGCCACGUGGCGAUGGCGAAGGCGUUCGAGAAGCUCGUCGCAGGGGACGACAGGUUCGAGGUCGUCGUCCCUCGACGAUUCGCGAUGGUCUGUUUCAGGAUGACGAGGACGUCAGAAGGCAGCGGCAGCGACGACGACGGCGGCGAUGAAGGUGCUAAUAAUUUGAUGAACAAGAAGUUGCUGGAGCGGGUCAACGGGUCGGGUCGGGUGUUCAUGACCCAUGCUUUGGUGGGCGGGAUUUACUUGCUGAGGUUUGCUGUUGGUUCUACUCUCACGGAGCCUGAGCACGUGAUGGAAGCUUGGAAGGUGAUUCAAGAGCAUGCCGAUGCCAUCCAGGGUGAUUACAUACACCUAUAUUAAUUAUUUAAGCACCUCGUCUUAAAAUGGGAUUAUUAUACGGUAAGUAACGAUUUGAUCUGAACCGAGUCAUAUGUACUGCGUAUAAUAAUUUGGCUCGGAUUUUAUUUUUAUUUUUAUUGAUUCGCUAAAAAUGUAAAAGAAUGACGAGUGAAAUGGAAUGUUAUAUAUAUUGUAAUACCGUGAUUUCGAAUUUGGGUUCAAUCGAUAAUAAAGAGACACAUUAUCAUUUUCUUUGAUUAUGGACCAUGGAUCUCCAGGAGUGUCACUAUUAGUGUUUCAUUUUUCCUCACAAUCUCCCAACUUAGCCAAUGAUUUCUCCUAAAUAGCCAAUGAAACCUUUCUCGGACAUGAAUUUCAACAUGGCAUGUGCAAUUCAAUUCAAGUGAAAGUAUGUAUCGAUGGAGAUUCAGGAUAUACUUUGUUAAUCUUUUUGGGAAACUCUUAUUACAAAUAUAAUAAUAACAUGAUUAACUAUCUGCUGAUAUAACGUCCCGAUAUCAAUUCAAUAUUAUGGAUUAAUUACUCUGGUUUUAGAGAGUUUCAAGUCUUCAUUCGUAGUAAUAAACACAUGAUGGACCAAUAUAAGCACAUGCAAAAGAGAAAUUUAAUUAUUUUUUGUUCUAGCGCGAUGAAAUCAACCAAGCUCUAAUGUAUAUAAAAUUAGUAAUGAAGUUUAUUAUGAUCGGGUUAGUAAACCGUUGUUAUCUUAAGGACCACAAAGUAAUUAACAAGUGCAUCGUCAUUUGAGUGUGACAGGAAACAGUAUUAAGGUAGUGUUUAAAUCAUGGGAGGACCAAAACCUCUGAAAGAUAAGACUUGAGGGUCAUCAAAUUCCCCCCACCAUCGUCAAAUUGCAAGUUAUAUAUUAGCUAUCAUGACUCGUUGGAUUGAAUCGAGUAGUGUGGUGUAGGUGGUUGUGAUCGAACCCACGAAAUCAAUCCACUAGCGAUCGAUUUGUCACGGGAUCGAUCCACUCAUCAAGUCUAGGGGAACCACUAAAAGGAACAAUUAGUGAUCCAUUUGUCACGGGUUGGAUUCACUAGCGUUUGUGUUGGCCGCUUCAUUCACGUUUCAUGAGUUUUGCUUAUAACUCACAAUGCUUGGUUUUGCAGGGCCGACUCUCAUCUUAUUGUUUCCAGUACUUUUAGUUGCAUGAAUUUCCCCAACUCCCUUUACAUGUUCGAGGGAGAAUUGAGAUAAUAUAUAUGGAAAAAAUAUGAUAUUAACCUCAUCCAUUUUCUCUGCUUUAAACAGAUAAAAUAAAGAUUUUUUUGUAUAACCUAUGAGCUCUUUGGCCCUCCACUAAGAUCAUCGUUAAAUGCUUCUGCGAAAACCAUAGCGGGGCUCAGUUAGAGUCGAACACACAGGAUCUGCCACUUCCCAGAACGAGGGCCUACUAAGGGUUUCACCGCUGGGCUAUGUAAACCUUUGGUACAGAUAAAAUAAAGAUAAUACAAUCCAAAUUAUUUAUUAGUGGUAAAAUUAAUUACGAUAUAUACAUGGGGGAGUGAAUUCAAAAUAAAAAAAGCUAACAUUUUCCUUCAAUCAUAAAAUCCAUAAUUUUACCAAAAUCCUUGACAUGGACCCAAUUCUUAACCAAGAAAAUUUUAAAAAUAUUAAAUUCCUCUAUUUUGCCAAAAUCCUUAAAAAAAAAUUCAUUCAUGGUAUGGACCACGUCUCACAUUCAUGACCAUGCAUGAAGAAAUUAGCAUACAACCAAACUCCUCUUCCCUAUUACUUCCAUUCCCACGUGUUCUCCCCCUCCCUUCUCUAGAAUUAUUACAGAGAAAAAGACAACAUACACUCAUUCCUCCCUCUUUCUUUCUUCUCUACAUAUGCAUGCUCAUGCAUACGUAGAACCUUCCCUUUACAACCUCCCUAUAUAGCUAUACUCAUUUAUUUUCUUUUUUUCUAUAUUACAUGCAAAAUAUUUCUCUUACUUUCUCAUACACAUUUGAUAAAGAAUGUUGGUGUAUGACGAAGAAUGCUAAAAUAUGCCGGAGAAUAUCAAAGAGUAUUGGGAAAUACAAGAGAAUGUUGAGAAAUGUUGGCGUAAGUCAAGAAAUUCAACUGUAAUUUUCCCCCCUAGAAAUAGGCAGCACAUCCUCCUCUUAAUACAUAAGUCACUUACAGCAACUUCGGACAAAAACAAACCUUCAGAGCACACACUCUCUCUACGUUCUCUCUAAAAAAACAUGUUUUUUCUCAUCUCUUUGUCUCCCAAAUCAGUUAAAUCUCACAACACUCAACACAUCCUUAAUUUGGUGGACUACUCAUGGAAUUGUGAAUAGUUUCUACUGGGUGGCAUAAAAUAGCCGAUGACGCUCAAUUACAACCCGGUCCUUAGUGUCGACGUGUCGUUGACAAACGAGAACCCCCCUUUUGUUAAUAGAGAUGCUCAAAUGUAAAAGGGAGGCAAACAUGUUAUUUGAUAACUGUCAAAAUCAGGCAGGUCCAUUAGUAUGAUAUUGUUCGCUUUGGGCCAAACUCACACGGAUUUAUUUUUGUGUAUCCUCUCCAAAAGGUCUCGUACUAAUAGAUUGGUGCACACUUAUAUACAAGGGUCUCUUCCCUUGUAUUACCGAUGUGGUACUUGGAUUGUACCAUAACAAUCCUCCCCUCAAGAAAUGGACCACGAACUUCGUGUCCUCUCCUCAACGAUUAUAUUGAUCUACCAAACCAGAUGUAGAUAACUUUUUGAUCUACCAAUAGACGCGGACCUCUCUUGAUACGCUAGAUAGACGUGGAUCUCUCCUGCAUCCACCAAACAUACGCAAAUCUCGAGGUCACCAAAUGAGGAUCCACCAAACUGACGUUCAUCGCCCCGGAUCCAAACCGAACCACGAUCUGAUACCACUUGUCGAAAUCAGGCAGCUCCAUUAGUACGAUAUUGUCCGCUUUGGGCCAAGCCCGCAUAGUUUUACUUUUGGGUGUCCUCCCGGACCUCCCCAAAAGUACUCGUACUAAUGAACUUGGAGGACACUAAUAUACAAGGGUCCUUUCCGUUGUAUUUCCACUGUGGUACUUGGAUUGUCCCAUAACAAUCCUCCCCUUAAAACAAGAACCACGAACUUCGUGUCCUCCCCUCAGUGAUUAUCUUGAUCCGUAGACACCUUGUAUCAACGGGCUUCUUAGUACAAGGAUUUUCCCAGACGCAGAUCUCAAAUCAUGACAUCCCCGAUGAAGGUCCCACCAAACUAACGUUCAUUGUCCCGAAUCCACCGAACAAGGCUCUGAUACCACUUGUCGAAAUAGGGCAGCGCUAUUAGUACAAUAUUGUCCGCUUUGGGCCAAACCCUCACGGAUUUACUCUUAUAUAUCCUCUCCAAAAAGCCACGUACUAAUUGAGCUAGGUGGACAUUUAUAUACAAGGGUCUCUUCGCUUGUAUUACUAAAAUGGUAUUUGGAUUUUCUCAUAAUUAUAACUAAAUCAUAGUUCGGCACAUUGGCCGGUAGGUAUAGCCAAAUUGUAAAAUCCCCGUUACAUUGGAUUAAUAGAACACCCCACAAGUUUUUUUCCGGUAAUUCUCUAUAAAUUAUUUCAAAUAAGGCAUUUAUGCAUUCUUUAUCAUUUUCCUCAUAUUCUUUUAAAUAUGUUCUUCAAUAAAACCUCUAUUUUACCAAAAAAAAAAAAAAAACCUCUAUUGUCAUAAUUACUCUUAAGAAUAGUAAUGUUAAUAUAUGAUAAUAACUACUAUAUUGUAGAAGUAUAGUAUACUACAGGUGAUUUGGCCGUUUGGCUGUUAAAUGUGUUUCAAUGAGCUCCAACCAAUCUUAAUUGUCAAUUAAUGUUUUCGAUUUAAUUGAACUUUGGGUUUGAAUUUUGAGAAUCAGGGCUUUGGAUUUAUCCAUUAGAAGUUAAGAUAUAGUAUCAUACAUCAAACUCGGUUUAAUUCAUGAUCUAGAUUAGAGAUAUUUCACUAAGAGUAUCUGAAGUAUAGUAUACUUCAGUUAGGGGUGUUCAAACAGUUUGGUUACCAUGGUAACCGUUUUAACCGGUACUAUUUGGAUAAUUUAGUUUGGUUAAUUUGGAUAAUUGGUUUGGUUUGGUUAAAGUUUUUAGCUUUUUUGGUUUAGGUGGUUUCGUUUGGUUUCAGACACUCCUAACCAGUCAAACCAAAUUAACCAGUUAAGUAAUUAGUCAUAUAUCUAACAUAUAUUAUAUACACAUACUUAAUACUUUGCAUAACCACUCAAGAGUUAACGUCCAUCCCUUUUAGACUCAUAAAAUAUAAAGCUCAAUAUUGCUCAUAUAGUGUAUAUUUGUAUAUGUAAAAUGUUGACCACAACAUAUGAACGCCUAAUUUAGAUAAAUUUCAUACAUUAUGAUGGAUGAAAACUUGUAAGGAAGGUCAAUUCCAGCCUAUGAUAAUUGCUAAGAGACUAAGUCAAUUUACACAAACACAACAAUUCAUUAACCCAUACCAUUGUCAUAAAUUUUUGUUAGGUGAAUACUUCUAUACUAAUCGUAAGAUAAUUGUCUUAAUUGCUUGUAUUUUUGUUAAGGGUCAACUAUAACUACGUGUUGGUUGUUAUGUUUUAUUCAUUAUAUAAAUUGCAAAUUGUUGCAUUAACCGGAAAAUUUUCAUCGUCAAUGAUAAUGUGAUUUUAUAUUGGUUAAUCUGGUUAACCAAUUAACCAAACCGAUUAAACUUUAGUUUGGUUAAUUUGGUUGUUGUACUAGUUUGGACGAUUUGGUUAUGAUAUUGUAUUCUAUGGUUAAUGGAAUUUAGUCUUAUUUGGUUUGGUUAUAACCAUGGUAACCAUUUGAACACCACUAACUUCAGUACUACACUCCAGAAAUACACCGUCUAACCCGUUAAUAUAUUAUAUCUUUGAUAUUAUCGAAGUGAUUUAGUGUAAGUUGUGACCAGUACUCUCACAAUAAUAUUAAUUGUGCCUUGUCCUACUGCCCAUCCAUCUUACCUAAAUAUUUAUUGUAUGUGGUUCAUUAGUACCAUAUUCACCCCCACCCCCACUCCCCUAACAUAAACGACCCUAAAUUCAUGUGAUUUUCAUAGCUGUUACCUAGAGAGGGUUGUUAGUUAGAGGUUGUUUGGAUGAUGGAAUUGGACGAGGCAAUUUGUCUAACUGUCUUAAAAUGAAACAACAGGGUCAAAUCGUUUUAAGCAUUCUCUCAAGCGAAAUAAAUUGAGUUAUCUGUAGAGGUUAAAUUAUGGAUCAUACGUCAGUUACUAACACACACCUCAAACGGAGGCCACCAUUUAUGAGUUUGAAAUUUGCACAUAAGACCUCUCAAUUACAGAAGACUCUGAUACCAUCCCAUGAACUCGUUAGUCUCAAUAUUCGUUACUAACACAAUUAUCAAAUUAGGUGAUUCCAGAACAAUUGGAUCAGUUGAUCCCAAUAACUCGAGUUGUUGGGAGAGGUUCAAUCGUGAAUCAUAUACCACACACUAACACGCCCUCUCAAACGAAAGCCACUCGCAAGGGCUUGAAAUUUGCACAGGCCUGAACACAAGAAUACCAUGUGCUUCACAAAUGGGGUCAUCGGGAUUCGAACACAAGACCUCUCGGUCACCAAAAGAUCUGAUACCAUGUCAAGAACCAGUUGAUCCCAUUAACUCGCGAGUUGUUGUGAGAGGUUUCAAUCGUGAAUCAUAUACCACACGCCAACACAAACCCUCCCUAAAUUCUUUUUUCUCUUUUAACAUUUUUCCAUCUCUUAGCAAAUGAACUUCAUUAGCACUAUAUAUAUAAGUACGUGAGUAUGGUAAUCUCUCAAUAACUUUCCAUGCCAGCCGCGCCGCAGCCAUUUCUCGCCAUGGGCAGCAACGAGUUCAACGUCGUCGGCAAGGCAACCCGCAUGAUCAAUCCGAUGAACUCCGACGAGUUCCGGCGACAAGGCCACAUGUUUAUAGACUUCAUUGCCGACUACUACAGCAACAUCGAACAGUACCCGGUGACGAGCCGGGUCAAACCCGGUUACCUCCGGGAGCUCCUCCCUCAAUCCG